AAAACAAAAAUGAAAAGAUUGCUCCAUCCUAAUAUAAAAUAUGAAGUUGAAGUUAGAGUUUAGAUUGCUCCAUCCUAAUUGUCAACAACAAAAACCAACAAAUAUAAUCCAUAGCUAUAUUAAGUCUUUAGCUGCUCUCCAUUUUCUCCCUUCACUCAGAGAGAGAGAGAGAGAGAGAGAGAUAAGUGUUUCCAUUCCAAUGGGGGACGCCACUGACAGAGACCACCCUACACCUCAUAUCCUCAUCGUCACCUACCCAUCGCAGGGCCACAUCAAUCCAAUGCUUCAAUUCUCAAAGCACCUAUACAAACGAGGUCUCAAAAUCACCCUCAUCUUAACCAAUUUCAUCGCUCGCGUUUCUCACUCCCUUCCUCCUUUCCCCAUCCUCACCAUCUCCGAUGGUUACGACCACGGCGGUUUCGCCUCUGCCGAGUCCGCCCAAACCUACCUCGAUUCCUUCCGCCGAUUCGGUUCUCAGUCGCUGCGGGAGCUUCUCCGCCACCUUUCCUCCUCUGCUUCCCCUGCCGAUUGUCUCAUCUACGACAGCUUCCUCCCUUGGGUUCUGGAUGUUGCAAACGAGCUCCAGAUUGCUACGGCGGUGUUCUUCACCCAAUCGUGCGCUGUCGCUAACAUUUAUUACCACGUUCAUAAAGGAUUAAUCGAUUUACCACUUCCGAAUAGAGAAAUAGAGAUUCCUGGGUUGCCGUUAAUGAAACCGGCGGAAUUUCCGUCGUUUAUUUAUCAACUAGGAACAUAUCCUGCAUAUUACGAUCUGCUUGUGAAUCAGUAUGCGAAUGUUGAUAAAGCCGAUUGGAUUCUGUGCAAUACGUUUGAGGAGUUGGAGCGAGAGGUUUUGGAGUAUUUGAAGAAAAUAUGGCCGUCGAUUAGAGCGAUCGGACCGAGCAUUCCUUCAGGAUACUUGGACGGGAGGAUUGAAGGGGACAGAGAGUACGGGAUGAGUAUCUUAGAUCUGGAUGGCGAUGUUAGUCGGAAGUGGCUUGAGGGCCGCCGGAAAGGGUCGGUGGUUUAUGUGUCGUUUGGGAGUAUAGGGAAGGUAGCGGCGGAGCAAAUGGAGGAGAUGGCCGGAUGUUUAAAGAGCAUUGAUCGGCAAUUUCUAUGGGUGGUGAGACCAUCAGAGGUGGUGAAACUUCCAAAGAAUUUUAUGGUAGAAACGGAGGAAAAAGGACUAGUGGUUUCGUGGUGUCAACAAUUGGAGGUUCUAACGCACGAAGCAAUUGGAUGUUUCGUGACACACUGUGGUUGGAACUCCACAUUGGAGGGAGUUAGUUUGGGAGUUCCGAUGGUCACAGUGCCUGGAUGGACUGACCAAACAACAAACGCUAAGUUCAUCACCGAUGUCUGGAAAGUAGGUCUCAAAGCUCUUGCUAACAGCGACGGAGUUGUGAAACGAGAAGUUCUAUUGCAGUGCAUCGAGGAAGUGAUGGUUGGAGAAAGAGGCAGUGAGAUUAGACAAAAUGCCACCAUAUGGAAGACGAUGACCCAAAACACAUUUGAGUCUGGCGGAAGCUUCAACGGAGUUGUCGAUGAAUUUCUUGCUAAAAUGGUUAGAUGAAAUGUUCUUUUCUUUUUUUUAUCCUUGUACUAAUUAUUUUCAUUUUUGAAAAUAGGAGGAUGAAAAUGUACCAAAAUCUAAAAUUUACUUAAGCACACCUAUAUUUUGUUUCCAAAUUAGCUUGCCACCACACCCAUUUAGUCUAACUUUUGUUUAAAUUUUAUAGUUUUGCUUGUUCGAGACCUUUUUAAACACAAUCUUAAAAACUUAUUUU